AUGAGAGAAGUCAAUUUCAGUAUCCCAAAUGUCAACAAAGCCUCCGUGGGCAUCACCACCGCCCUCUAUGACCGCCGGGCACUCGACUGCACCUCGACACUGCCCCUGGUCAACUCCCUCAACAGUCUCGCAUACCUCACCACGUCUUCCGGUCGCAUCCGGGAUAUCCUCACCGUCGAUGGCGGCAUCGAGCGCCUGGUAUGCAUGCUCAAGGAGGGCCGGAACAAGGACCAGCUGGAGAUGUUCAAAUGGAACCUUGCGUUUAUUUGUGUCGUCAAUAUCGGUAUAAGGGGCUCGGAGGCGGUGCGGACCCGCGUGGUCGAGGCCGACAUGGUCCCGGUCAUCGCCACCAUCCUCGACAACUACUUUCGCGUCAUCGAGAGGAGCAAGGAGAAGCACGAAAGCGAACGUCGCAAAAGCCCCCAUUCAAACUCGAAGAGUGCAUCCAGAUCCUCUCACCGAGCCGAGUCACAGGAACAUCGUAGCAUCCGGACCCGACGACAUGCCCCUCCACCUAUCUCCAUCCCAGAUGUCACCGAGCGACCGAGCGGCAACGAACGCCUCCGAGAUCUCACUCCUCCAGGAUCUGUGGCGAACCUAUCGCUGAGCUCACCUCCCGAGCGGACCACAUUCUCACGAGCCGAGCAACGACCAUUCUGGACGGCGGAACACGUCGCGAGCUCCAGCCAAAACCUCACCACCCCUCCCGUCAACCCUCCCCACACCGCAGUCCCAUCGCAGAGCUCUGGUGCCAGCGCUGGUAGCAGCAGCUCCGUGCGACCGGUACGAGACGCGGACCGCCUACCAUCAAUGGUACCGAAAUUGCAUGCCGAGAACUCACAACCACAAUCGCCAACCACGCCGAGUGGUCCUUCACAACGCACGAGUGGCAACCUUGCCGCGGUCGGUGCUUCUCGACAACGACGCCGGCCCUCCCUUCGACAACAAGCUUCGACCUCGGGCUCGGACAAUGAUGGACCGUUGGAGGAGAUAGCACCCGAGGUGGCGAACCUGGCUGACGACUCGAUGGAGCCUACCCUUGGCCUGCAGACAGAUAUCGUGAUGCAGGACAUGGCAGCGGACGAGAGCAUCCUGCAGCCCACGGAUGACGCUGUCACAAUUAAUAUCCCUGACGCGUCGAACACCGACGAUGAGACGUUCAACAUCGCACAUCCGUCGGCAGGUGAUGGUAGCAUCAGCCCAACAGCCAAUCCGACCCAGACCAGGCUGGGAUUUGCACGCGCCCGACUGCCGAAUGUGCCAGACAUUGCUCCAGCCAACACCCCACAGCCGCCGUUCAUCCGCUAUCCCUUGCGGGUGUUGCAGACGGACCAAUUACUCUCCACCAAUGCUCGGACCAUCCCGGCCGCGCUCCCUCGCGACGAGGACGUGAUCAUGGCGCUACAGCUCCUGGCAUAUGUUUCAAAAUACUGCAACCUUCGGAAAUACUUCCAGGAGUCCCGUCUCGUACCACGCCUCAAAAUUCGUGAAUCGGAUCUCAGUGAACUCAUCGGCGAGACCAACGGACCUGCGCCGCCAACACAGGAGGAAUUGGACGAUGAAUGGGACAAUGAAUUCGUCGAGGAAUCCAAGGAAGAGCCUUACAACAUCUUCCCCCUGAUUGAGAAAUUCACCGCCAAACACGCCUCGACCCGCUACUCCUCCAGUGCCACCCCACAACACUCGGACAUGCACUACUGGGCCGGCGUCGUCAUGCGGAACCUCUGCCGCAAAGACGAUAACAAGGGCGGCAUCCGCCAAUGCGCCUAUUGGAAAUGUGGGAAAUGGGAGGAAUGGCCCCGGCAGUUCGCCAAAUGUCGCCGAUGCCGUCGGACGAAGUACUGCAGCAAGGACUGUCAGAAGGGCGCCUGGGCCAGCCAUCGCUUCUGGUGC